CCGGCCCCCCCCGCCCCCCCGCCGCCGCUGCUGUCGGGCAGAGCUGAGCCGCGAAGCUGAGCUGCGGGAGGCGGAGGAGCGGCGGGCGAUCGGCUGCGGGUUUUCAGGCUGGCGGGGGCUGCGUGGAUUACCCCGCCGUGAGCCGGGGAGACCCGAGGAGGAGGCGGGCGGCGGCGGCGGAGCGGUGCGAACCAUGUGAGGGACGUUGCUGGGGCACAGGUCGUUCCCAGGAUGGAUCGGAGGAGGACCUGCCCUUGGGCACUGCGCUCCGAUGGCGAUGGCAGGUCAGCAUCUCUGCUCUGCCUCCUCCUGGCAUCGCUCUCCUGGAGUGCAUCCAGCAGCACCUCGUUCAGCACUUUCCAUUCUGAGCACCGGGACUGGACUUUCAACCACUUGACCGUCCACCGGAGCACCGGGGCCGUUUACGUUGGAGCCAUCAAUAGGGUUUACAAGCUUUCGGGUAACUUGACCAUUUUAGUGGCUCACAAAACCGGUCCCGAGGAGGACAACAAAUCCUGCUACCCUCCCCUCAUCGUGCAGCCCUGCACUGAGGUGCUGACCCUCACCAACAACGUCAACAAGCUGCUGAUCAUUGACUACUCUGAGAACCGGCUGCUGGCCUGCGGCAGCCUGUACCAAGGAGUGUGCAAACUGCUGCGCCUGGACGACCUGUUCAUCCUGGUGGAGCCCUCGCACAAGAAGGAGCAUUACUUGUCCAGCGUCAACAAGACAGGCACCAUGUAUGGCGUCAUCGUGCGCUCCGAGGGCGAGGAUGGGAAGCUCUUCAUUGGAACAGCAGUGGAUGGGAAGCAGGAUUAUUUCCCCACGCUCUCCAGCCGGAAGCUUCCCCGCGACCCAGAGUCGUCGGCGAUGUUGGAUUAUGAGCUCCACAGUGACUUUGUCUCGUCUCUCAUCAAAAUCCCCUCAGACACCUUGGCCCUCAUUUCGCACUUUGAUAUCUUCUACAUCUACGGCUUUGCCAGUGGCAAUUUCGUGUAUUUUUUGACUGUUCAACCAGAGACCCCGGAGGGCGUCUCCAACUCUGCCAGUGACCUCUUCUACACAUCCCGCAUCGUCCGGCUCUGCAAAGAUGACCCCAAGUUCCACUCCUACGUCUCUCUGCCCUUCGGCUGCGUCAGGGGGGACACGGAGUACCGCCUGCUGCAGGCAGCCUACCUGUCGAAGCCAGGGGAUGUGCUGGCCAAAUCCCUCAAUAUCACAGCCCAGGAGGAUGUCCUUUUUGCCAUUUUCUCCAAGGGACAGAAGCAGUACCAUCAGCCACCGGAUGACUCCGCGCUCUGUGUUUUCCCAAUUCGUGCUGUCAAUGCCCAGAUCAAGGACCGGCUGCAGUCUUGCUACCAGGGGGAGGGCAACCUGGAGCUCAACUGGCUGCUGGGGAAGGAUGUCCAGUGUACCAAAGCGCCUGUUCCAAUUGAUGACAAUUUCUGCGGGCUCGACAUCAACCAGCCCCUGGGUGGCUCAGUGCCAGUGGAUGGUGUGACACUCUUCACCUCCAGCCGGGACCGGAUGACUUCUGUUGCUUCAUACAUCUACAAUGGCUACAGUGUGGUGUUUGUGGGGACUAAAAAUGGCAAAGUGAAGAAGAUCCGAGCAGAUGGCCCUCCCCAUGGUGGAAUUCAGUACGAGGUGGUGACAGUUUUCAAGGACGGGAGCCCGGUGCUCCGGGACAUGGCUUUCUCCAUUGACCACAAGUACCUGUACGUGAUGUCGGAGCGGCAGGUGUCCCGUGUGCCCGUGGAGUCCUGUGAGCAGUACACGACCUGUGCAGAGUGCCUGAGCUCGGGGGACCCGCACUGCGGCUGGUGCACCCUGCACCACACGUGCUCCCCAAGGGACAGCUGUGAGCGGGCUGACGAGCCGCACCGCUUUGCCGACAGCAUCGGGCAAUGCAUGAGCAUCAUGGUGCAGCCCAGCAGCAUCUCCGUGUCGCAGCACAGCCUGCCGCUCAGCCUGCUGGUGAGCGAUGCCCCAGACCUGGCUGCUGGUGUCACCUGCCUCUUUGGGAACCUGACAGAAGUAGAGGGCCAGGUGGUGGGCAGCCGAGUUGUGUGCGUCUCACCGGCUGCGAGGGAUGUCCCAGCCAUACCCGUGGAUCAAGACUGGUUCGGUGUGGUGCUGCAGCUGAAAUCACAGGAGACGGGGAGAACGUUUGUCAGCACGGAGUUCAAGUUCUACAACUGCAGUGCCCACCAGCUGUGCCUCUCCUGUGUGAACAGUGCUUUCCGCUGCCACUGGUGCAAGUACCGCAACCUGUGCACCCACGAUCCCACCACCUGCUCCUUCCAGGAGGGACGGAUCAACAUCUCAGAGGAUUGCCCCCAGCUCUUCCCCACGGAGGAGAUCCUGAUCCCAGUUGGAGAAGUAAAACCCAUCACUCUGAAAGCCCGGAACCUUCCACAGCCUCAAUCUGGCCAACGUGGCUAUGAAUGUGUGCUGAGCAUCCAGGGCGUCAUCCACCGCGUGCCAGCGCUGCGCUUCAACAGCUCCAGCGUGCAGUGCCAGAACAGCUCGUAUCUCUACGAUGGGAUGGACAUCAGCAACUUGGCAGUGGACUUUGCUGUGGUGUGGAAUGGGAACUUUGUCAUUGACAACCCCGAGGAUGUGAAAGUGCACCUUUACAAGUGCGCGGCGCAGCGUGAGAGCUGCGGGCUGUGCCUGAAGGCUGACCCCAAAUUUGAGUGUGGGUGGUGCAGUGGGGAGGGCAGAUGCACCCUACGACCCCACUGCAGCCCCCAGCCCUGGCUCGACUGGUCCAGCAGGAACGUCAAAUGCUCCAACCCGCGCAUCACUGAGAUCCUGACGGUGUCGGGACCCCCAGAAGGAGGCACCAGAGUGACCAUCCGUGGCGUCAACCUGGGCCUGGACUUCUCAGAGAUUGCCCGUGGUGUGCAGGUGGCAGGAGUGCCGUGUGCUCCUCUGCCGGAGCAGUACAUCGUCGCCGAACAGAUCGUCUGUGAAAUGGGGCAGGCACUCCCUGGGAUCAGCUCUGGCCCAGUGCUUCUGUGCAUCGGAGAGUGCAAGCCUGAGUUCACGGCCAAGUCGGUGCAGCACUACACGUUUGUGACACCAACUGUGAGCUUCCUGAGCCCCAGCCGUGGUCCUGAGUCAGGGGGGACGUUGGUGACCAUCACAGGGCAUCACCUGGGUGCUGGCAGCCACGUCUCCGUGCUCCUGGGCAACCAGAGCUGCGCCUUCCAGGGGCGAUCCAUGAAUGAGAUUGUGUGCCUGUCAGCACCCUCAGCACAUGGCCUGGGGCCCGUCCACGUCUCCGUGAGCGUUGACCGUGCUCAGCUCGAGCAGAUGCUGCUAUUUGAAUACAUUGAUGACCCCAAAGUGCAGAACAUUGAGCCCGAGUGGAGCAUCGCCAGUGGGCACACACCUCUGACCAUCACUGGCUCCAACCUGGACAUCAUCCAAGAGCCGCGCAUCCGUGUCAAGCACAAUGGCAGGGAGUCCAUCAAUGUGUGUGUGGUGCUGAAUGCCACAGCACUGAGCUGCCUUGCACCUGCCCUGGCCCCUGAGCCCCGGCCCACCAUGGAUGCCGUCGAGCGACCCGAUGAGUUUGGCUUCAUCUUCAACAACGUUCAGUCCCUGCGGGUCUACAACGACACCAAGUUCAUCUACUACCCCAACCCCACCUUUGAGCCCCUGAGCUCCAGUGGGAUGCUGGAGCAGAAGCCGGGGUCACCCAUCAUCCUGAAGGGCAAAAACCUGUGCCCGCCUGCUUCUGGAGGAGCCAAACUCAACUACACAGUGCUGGUUGGAGAGACGCCCUGCACCGUCACCGUGUCUGAAACACAGCUGCUGUGUGAGCCACCGACCCUCAGCGGGCAGCACAAAGUGACGGUGCGUGUCGGCGGCAUCAUCUUCUCCCCCGGUUCGGUGAGCAUCACCUCCGACAGCCUGCUGACCCUGCCAGCCAUUGUCAGCAUCGCGGCCGGCGGCAGCCUGCUCCUCAUCAUCGUCAUCAUCGUGCUCAUCGCCUACAAGCGCAAGUCCCGGGAGAACGACCUGACCCUCAAGAGGCUGCAGAUGCAGAUGGACAACCUGGAGUCUCGGGUGGCACUGGAGUGCAAAGAGGCUUUUGCAGAGCUGCAGACAGACAUCAAUGAGCUAACCAGUGACCUGGACCGUUCUGGCAUCCCAUACCUCGACUACCGGACGUAUGCCAUGAGGGUCCUCUUCCCUGGCAUUGAGGACCACCCCGUUCUGCGGGAGCUGGAGGUCCAAGGGAACGGGCAGCAGAGCGUGGAGAAAGCCCUGAAGCUCUUCGCUCAGCUGAUCAACAACAAAGUCUUCCUGCUGACCUUCAUCCGCACGCUGGAGCUGCAGCGCAGCUUCUCCAUGCGCGACCGCGGCAACGUGGCGUCGCUCAUCAUGACGGGGCUGCAGGGCCGGCUGGAAUACGCCACUGAUGUGCUGAAGCAGCUGCUGUCCGACCUCAUCGAGAAGAACCUGGAGAACAAGAACCACCCCAAGCUGCUGCUGCGCAGGACAGAGUCGGUGGCUGAGAAGAUGCUGACGAAUUGGUUUGCUUUCCUCCUCCACAAAUUUCUCAAGGAAUGUGCCGGAGAGCCACUCUUCAUGCUGUACUGUGCCAUCAAGCAGCAGAUGGAGAAGGGCCCAAUUGAUGCCAUCACGGGGGAAGCCCGCUAUUCGCUCAGCGAGGACAAGCUGAUCCGGCAGCAGAUUGAGUACAAGACUUUGAUCCUGAACUGUGUGAAUCCAGACAACGAGAACAGUCCAGAGAUCCCAGUGAAGGUGCUGAACUGUGACACCAUCACUCAGGUCAAAGAGAAGAUCCUUGACGCCGUGUACAAGAACGUCCCCUAUUCCCAACGACCGAGAGCUGUUGACAUGGACUUGGAGUGGCGGCAGGGCCGCAUCGCACGCGUGGUGCUGCAGGAUGAAGACAUCACCACCAAGAUUGAAGGCGACUGGAAGCGACUGAACACCUUGCUGCACUACCAGGUGUCAGACCGCUCCGUUGUGGCUCUCGUCCCCAAGCAGACCUCCUCCUACAACAUCCCUGCCUCCGCCAGCAUCUCCCGCACGUCCAUCAGCAGAUAUGAUUCCACCUUCCGUUACACCGGCAGCCCCGACAGCCUGCGCUCCCGAGCCCCCAUGAUCACCCCAGACCUGGAGAGCGGUGUCAAAGUCUGGCACCUGGUGAAAAACCACGACCAUGGAGACCAGAAGGAGGGGGACCGGGGCAGCAAGAUGGUGUCCGAGAUCUACCUGACAAGGCUUCUGGCUACAAAGGGCACGCUGCAGAAGUUUGUGGAUGACCUCUUUGAGACGCUGUUCAGCACGGUGCACCGCGGCAGCGCGCUCCCCUUGGCCAUCAAGUACAUGUUUGACUUCUUGGACGAGCAGGCAGACAAGCACGGCAUCCACGACACUGAUGUACGGCACACAUGGAAGAGCAAUUGCCUCCCUCUCCGCUUCUGGGUGAACGUGAUCAAAAACCCACAGUUUGUCUUUGACAUCCACAAAGGCAGCAUCACGGAUGCCUGCCUCUCAGUUGUGGCUCAGACCUUCAUGGACUCAUGCUCCACCUCUGAGCACCGCCUGGGCAAGGAUUCCCCAUCCAACAAGCUGCUGUACGCCAAGGACAUCCCCAGUUACAAGAGCUGGGUGGAGAGGUAUUAUGCAGAUAUUGCCAAGCUGCCAGCCAUCAGCGACCAGGACAUGAAUGCAUACCUGGCUGAGCAGUCACGUCUGCAUUCAGCUGAGUUCAACAUGCUGAGUGCACUCAACGAGAUCUAUUCCUACGUCAGCAAAUACAGCGAGGAGCUCAUUGGGGCUUUGGAGCAGGACGAACAGGCACGGAGGCAGCGUCUGGCAUACAAAGUAGAGCAACUCAUUGGUGCCAUGUCCAUUGAGAGCUGAAGGAAGGCUGCAGUGCACACGGACAGCGAGGGGCGAGAGCAUGGCACGGAUGCCUGGGGAUUCAGAGGGAGAACAAGCAGAAAGGCACUGCACACCCCAACAACCACGCUCAUCAAGGGGAGCAGGGAUGGCCCAGGGGCUGGCUGCGCUCAAAAUCACAUGGGAUCUGGUUUGAAAAGGCAGAAAGAUCAAGAAGACAAAGCACCACAAUCAGCGUCAGCUCAGUGUGGAUCACUUCUUCUGGUAUUCAUGGAAAGGUAGAACCUGCAACGUCUGGAUGUGUCCAUGACUGCUGCUGCUUUGCAUGAAAAUCGUCUGAUGUAUAUUAGGAAAUAAAACUUUAUUUAAAGGUGUUUUUGGGAAAAAAAAAAAAAAGAAGAAAAAAAAAAGGAAAAAGAAAAAAGGGAAAAAAGAAGGAAAAAACAAACAAACAAACAAAACAAAACCCACAAAAGCCACAGAGAUUACUUUGGCAGCCAGGUUCGGUCCUGAUCCCAUCCUUGCCACGCCCCGAGGAUGUGCUCAGGCAUCUGCAAAUGGACUCUUACACCAACUGGAAAGUCUGGAAGACAGCAGUCUUGUUGGGAUCUUAUAAAAAAAUAUGAGCACAAGUUUGCACCACACCUAUCCACACAAGCAAAAUAGCAGCUUAGCCAGAAAUAGUUCAGAGGCUGAGUAACCCGUAGGCACUAGAAGGAAAUUGUUGUGAAUUGCAAAACCAUCCGAUCAUCCAACUUGUCUUGAAAUCCAGCUUUAUCUGUGUAUUUAUAUAGUGUCUCUAUAUAUAUCUAUAUAUUUUAAAUCUCAUUUACUGUUGAAUGCAGAAGGAUCCUGUUGAAGUGCGGUGCUCUUGCAGCCAUGGCAGGAGCAGAGUGGAGCUGUCCGUGGUUCUUGCAGUAAAACCAACCCCAAACCCAAUGUUUACAGUGAGCAAUACUUGAAAUGCCGAGCUGUGGCAAGAUGCUGUUUAUUAUUCUCUGUUUGACUGCGGACCAGAGAAGCAUGGGAUCAUAGGUGAUGUCACCCACGGGGCAGGCCCAUGGCUUUCAUUUCCAUGAAGGAAGGGAAAGAAAUCUCUGCUCUAGACAAGGGAAACCCAUAGGCAGCACUGUCAGUGCCAGCUGCUGUCCGUGUGUCUGUCCAAGCGUCUUGUCGUUACCUUCCGUUCUUCGCUGGCCCAAUGGCACGUCUUCUUGUGGCCAGUGAUGGGCAAAUGUCUGUGAGUGUUAUUUCUUUAAAAGACACCAAAGCUUAUGUGUCCCUUUGUAGAGUGCCAGGAUGGGAAGGAGCGCUGUAAAUAUUUCUCUCUGUAAUAAAUGCUGAUAUCUGCACAGGCUGCAACAGGGAGGACAGGGCCAUUGGACCUGAUGGGGAGAGGAGCAUCAACCAUGGGAGCUGACAGCAGCAGAGUCCCUCCUGAGGCUGUUUCUUCCCAGUUGCCAAGGAGCAGCACGCUGGAUGUUUGGGAUAUUUGAGCACGAUGCUGUGGAGCUGCACCAUAAGUCACCAGGUGGGGUGGUCUGGACCUCGGUCUGCUGUGUGCAGCAAAAGAGAAGCAGUUUCUGUAAGCACCAAGAGUGAGGUGGCUCCUGUUGUGGGCUGAGGUCCCAGGGCCAGCAGGAGGAGCUGACGUGCAUCCAAACAUCUCAGGAAACUCAGUGUUAUAAUGACCCUUUGCUGAAAGCCAUGCUGAGCCCACUUGCUCCUGUGCAUUUUUCUGGGUCCAGUUGGUAGUGUGGAGGAAGUCCUUGUGCAGCACAGCCUGGGUUGCGUGAUGGGAGGCUCUGAGAUGGGAGAGCUGUGCAGAGAAAGGUGUAGGAAGGAUGUAUGUUGUUGUGGUCAUUGCUUUGAGUAUUCAUAUUCAGACCGUUCACCAAAUCCUUAUGGUACUCUGCAACACUCAAAAUGGUUUCCAAACACUUCUAAAUAUCAAUCUAAGUAGUUAUUUCUGUGGGACUGAUAAAAUAUGACUACCCAAAGCAAAGACCUGGAUGCUGCUGGCUGUGCUGCUGUACAGCCUGCAUUUUGCUUUCUGCCCAUCUCUCCAUGAGGCUUUUGCACAGCCAGGUCCCUGUCUCCUGGCCAGGCUGCAUGGAGCUGAGGAGGACAGGGAAACCAAGAGGAGCUCUUUGCAGAACAGUGGGGUACUGAGGUCUGAGUGGCUUCCAAGGAAGGCAGCAGGAAUAGCUCUUCAUCCAUCACCAUGAAGGCAUCAGGAGAAUGGCAUAGAAGCAGCAUGGUGCUGACUGGAAGGAGUGGUCUGUAGAUAAACCACUGAGCAUCUACUUGUGAUGGUAGCCAUGAAUUAUGGAUCUUCAUGGUCAGUUACAUGGGAUGAAGCAACAUAUCCCCUUGGGGCAAAGAACUUGUAAUCUAUUGCCCUGCUUUCAUCCAACUCUUCAGUUACUCUUUGGAGAGGAAACUGAAAAGCUCCAAAGGGCAUUUCCUCUGCAUUGCAGCAAAUGGACUCAAUGUUUGGUCAGGAGGGGCAGUGACUUUGCCUUAGAUGAAAUGAUUUCAGCUCUCUCUUGUGGCCCCUUCCUCCUGCGGGGCUGUUGGUGUUGUGGUUCACUUUGUUUCAGGUAUUUCGACAUCAAAGUGGGAGACGUCACUUUCUGGAAUCUCUCUGCCUGGUGUCAAUGCUUAAAUAAUUCCAUUUAAUCUUCUGCUCAUGUACUAUCAAAGCACCCACUCCAAGGGGGAGCAAGGUGCUAAUCAAAUGCUUCUCCACCUUGAAAGCCUUUAUUAAAAGCCCAUAUACCAGAGUCUAACUUACAGGCAAGCUCGUCUCUGCAGGAGCCCUGCUGUGGAAAUACCCAGCACCGUGCAGAGGUGCAGUCCCCUCUGUGCCAUAAGGGAUGGAUUUAUGCUUAAAGGAGGGCAGAACACGUCAGAACAGCUGGGUUGCUGUGGACUCCCUGGGGCCUUCAGCGGGGAUGGACACACGGUGCUGGGACACGUGGGGUUGGCAGGCGCAGCUGCCCGGCGUGGAGCCACCAGAGACCUCCAUCACAGCAGUGCCUUCAACACUCUGUCUUAAAAAUGGCCCGGUCCUGUAGAAAUUAUCCACCCUGCCUUGAAAUGGACCUCACCAAAAACGUCCUAACAUACCCAGCAGUUUGGGUGGGCGCGUGGAAGCCAAUAGCAAGAGGACGUAAUGCUCUCUGUUUGUGUUCUGUGUGAUGCUGACCUCAGUGCAAGUCCUUGCUGUCAGUCCAAGGCUCAGAGCACUGAGCUGCACACUGCCCCAAUGUGAUCCUGGGAUGCUCCAGUGCCUCCAGCCCUCACCCAGCCCCACUCCUGCCUGCUGGUCUCUCUCCAUUCCAUUCCCAGUGCUCAGCUCAAAAUGGACCAAGUGGAGCAAGCGAGGGCAUCAUGAGAACGCAUGAGUGGCUGUACCCUGGAGAAAAGAAAAAAGUGUUCAGGGAUGGUUAAGUAAUUGAUAUCAAAGAUGCAUUAAAAUGCCACAAAGCUUCUGCCAUCCAGUUUGGGAAUGGCAUUUGUGCCACAGUUAGUGAACCAUUGAGGCAGGGAGCUGCUGCCCUGCCUGUGGAUGCGUGCUGGGUGAGCUGGGAGAGCCAUGGACGUGUCCUUGGUGAGAGCCCUGCAUCACCCCUGUGCUGCCCUGCUCUCACAUAGGCAGGACUUUAUUUUAACUGGACAUUGGAUGGGAAAAUAAUGAGAUUAAGGAUGUUGGUGUGCGCCGUGAAGAAGAUGGAUUCUGGAUCCACUGGGCUGAGCAAACCUGAGUGCACGAUUUCGGUGUGGUUUGGGUUUAGAGGGGAAGAGGAUGGAAGUCCUCAAAGGGAUUUUCUCCUCAUGGAAGGCGCUGCUCAAAGCACAUGGCACUGUGGGUUGGCACCAUGGGUUGGCACAGGGUGGCAUGGGGUGGCAGGUGUUGUGGCCAUGCUGUGGGCACGGCAGUGUCUGUGUGCUUGUUCUUGUCCCCGUGUCACCCCCUUCUCCUUCUUCCUUUCUAAAAGUGGAAUAUAAUAAUGAAAAAAUGUGCGUUCCUGCAGUGAGUGAGGAUGUACUCAGAUCUGCAGGGUCCAUCCGUCUCAUGGACAGUGCCCCAAACUCUGGGCCUCCAAAGGGGAGGGAACACACAGGUACUAAAACUUCUGGGAUCCCCAGAAACGAGGCCCCAUAAUGUCAUAGAAUGUAGAGGUAUCGAUCGUGGAACAGAUUUUUAUUUUUUUCUGCCCCGCUCCUUACAGUAAAUAAUGCCAUUUCUAGGGGUUGUGUGUUGGCAGGAAUAACGAAUGGAUUUGUAUCCGUACCCAUUCCACCUUAUUGUUCUCUGGUUCCUCCCCUCCCGUUAUACUUGACACACUGGAGUUCUGUAUUAUUUUUUUUUUUAAGAUGAUUGUCUGUUUUUCGGUUGUUUUUUUUUUUUGUUGUUGUUGUUUUUAC